AGACUCUACAUCUAUUAAUAUAAUGCGGUCACUCUACAUCAUCAGCCUGACAAUCCUCGACAUAGUACUUUGCAUGGCUCCAAUGCCUCAUAUUGAUUGGUGUCUUUAUUGGAGAUAUUUCAAUAAGGAUCAAUUUAGGCCCGAAUGUAACGGAGUGUACCGUCUGAGGUUUGCGAAACAUAAAGCUCACGAUCAUCGACCCCGAGUAACCCCUCAACUAUCAAGUGUCCCAUGGACACCAGCAGCACCAGUUCCAAGAUUCAACUCUUUUGUCAAUACGAACUCUAUAAUCAUAAGCAAUGAAAAUGGAUUUGGAGAGUGUCGACCGCAUCAUACAAAUUGCCAGCAAUCCGGACAAUGUUCAUCAAAUCAAUUAUGCAUAGACAGUAAUGGAUAUUGUUGUGGCAAUAAAAAAAUAAUAACCGAAUGCCCAUCACCAUCCUCUCUUGUUGCUCAUUGUGCAUUCCGUCGUCGUCAAGUGAAUUGGUGUGAAUCAGAUUCCGAAUGUGCACCACACUUGGCUCCACGUCAGAACAGAUUUUUCUUUAACGACGCCACAGUUCUGGACAGCAUUCAGAAGUCUCCAUCACUUUGCUGCCCGACCCAAUGUGGUUAUAAUGUGUGUGUUCGAUAGGCUUCUGGUAUUGUGCUCUUUAUACUUGAAAGAGCACAACACACCUGUGACCAGAGUCCUCAUGACAAGAAUUUUUUUUCAGUAUUUGUAUAUUUCGAUGAGAAAAAAACACACUUUUUGUAUUUUUAGUUUGGUCAGAUCUUUGCCAAAACUGCUGAACUUUUGAGCAAAACUAUUUGACGCAUGACUUUCAUUCUUUGCGAUUGAUGUGCUAUGCAGAUUUUCUUGAAACUUUAGCAUACCGAAAUUUUAUUAAUUAAAAGCAAUUCGGUCUUUUCGAAAUAAUUUUUUUAAACCUCGAUUAAUAUAUAUUACUUCCUUUUCUCCCCCUUUUUAUGUAUGUUUUAUGAUUGUGAUUUCCAAUACGUGUACAUUCUUGAUUAAUUUAUUCUCUCCAGCAACAAGUUGCAAAUUGGAAUUAGAGAGUCAGUGUUAGAGAAAUACGAGUUUCCCUCUUUUUAAUGUAAAGUUUAUUGUUUCACCACUCGUGCAGGUGUUAACAUGCUUUUUCGAUCGCCCUUACGAACUUUUUUAUUUAUAUGUCAAUAAAUAUUUUACUGAUUUCAUAAAAUU